CUAAGUCAUUGAUGUAGUUCACAGUGAAAUAGUAAAUUUUAAGUAUGUAAAUUAUUGCGCAAAUAUUUUAUAUUUAUUAAAUAUAGUAUUUAAAAAAUCUUACAAUAAUAGAUAAAAAAAUAAUCAUUAUUCAAUUGAUUUUAUUUGAUUUAAAUUAAAUAAAAUUAUUUAGCAUAAAAAAUGUUGGCCAAAUUAUUUGAAAUUCAUGGUAGAUUUUGUGUUAGUCAUCCAUUAGAAAUAAUUGUCACAACACUAACAUUAACUGCUUGUAUGCUCAAUUUGGAUACUGGUAAUUCAUUAUCUAAAGACGAAAGAUUAUCAGGCACAUCAAAUUGUUGGAACGGACGAUGUAAUUCUGAUGAUCACAAUGCCGUAGAUGUAAUUGUCAUGACAAUGAUACGGUGUUUAGCUAUUUUAUUUAGCUAUCAUCAAUUUCGUAAUCUUUAUAAACUCGGGUCUAAAUGGAUUUUAGGUAUUGCUAUCCUAUUCAUCGUUUUCUCUAGCGUUAUAUUUACGACAAGUGUUGUUAACUUCAGUCGUAGUGAUGCUUCCGAUCUCAAGGAUGCUUUGUUCUUUUUUUUAUUACUUAUUGAUUUAAACAAAGCUGGAGUACUAGCACAAUUGGCAUUAAGCUCAAGAAGUCUGGAAGAAGUUAGGACAAAUAUUGCUCGGGGAAUGUCACUUUUAGGACCAACAAUAACUCUGGAUACCCUUGUAGAAAUUCUUCUUAUUGGAAUAGGAUCAUUGUCGGGCGUUAAAAGACUUGAAAUACUUUGUAGUUUUGCUUGUCUUGGUAUAGUUGUCAAUUAUAUUGUAUUUAUGACAUUCUAUCCUGCUUGUUUAUCAUUAAUACUUGAGCUUUCGAGAAGUAAUAUUGGAGUAGGAACUCUUAGCGCUGAUAAAAUAUUAAUGUUACACUCAUUAAAUGAAGAAGAUCAAAAGCCAAAUCCAGUAGUAGAACGUGUUAAAUUAAUAAUGAUCGCAGGUCUUUUUGUUGUACAUGCUCAUAGUCGUUGGCCAUUUAAACACAGUGAUGAUGAUAAUCCAGUAGAAGUAACGUCUUUACCAAUAAAUUCACACGUUGUUAUAACAAGUCACAAUAAAUCAAAAACACCAGAUGACUUGACAGAACACUUUAUGAAUUGGCUAUCCAUCAGUGCAGAUAAUAUUGUUAUUUUAAUUCUUCUACUAGCGUUAGCACUUAAAUUUAUGUUUAUUGAAGACAAAGGUGAUAUUGCUAAACAAUUACAAUUUAAAGAAGAAGAGGAAACUUCGCCUGAAACACAAUCAACAGAUGAAAGUAUUGAUACAAUGCACGCUACAUGUCUUAAUGUUUCUUUGAGACAAAGAUUUGGUAAUAAUUUACCAAGUAUUCACACUCCUAUAUUUCCUUUAUCGGAAAUGAAUGAUAAUUGGAUUGAAGUUGGUAAUGAAAAUCAUAUUGAACUUGAAGAUAAAGAAGUACAAACUGAUGUUAGAAUUUAUAACAAUACUGAUGAAGUCAAUAAUGAUUUAUCACCUUAUUUAGAAGAACGUGAGUCUCGUAGUAUUGAAGAAUGCUUAGCAAUAUAUCGUUCUGAAUUGGGAGCCAGUGCAUUAACAGAUAAAGAAGUAAUUCAAUUAGUGCAACAUAAAUAUAUUCCUGCUUAUCAAUUGGAGAAAGCAGUUGAUAAUAUGGAACGGGGUGUUGGUAUUCGUCGUUUAUUAGUCAGUGCUGCUGCAAAAUUUACCGAUGAAUUAUCUGAUUUACCCUACAAGAGUUAUGAUUAUGCUAAAGUAUUGGGAGCUUGUUGUGAAAAUGUUAUUGGAUACAUACCUGUACCUGUUGGAAUAGCAGGCCCACUAUUAAUUGAUGGUGAAUUAUUUCAUAUACCAAUGGCAACAACAGAAGGUUGUCUUGUUGCAUCAACAAAUCGAGGAAGUAGAGCAUUGUCUAAAUGCGGUAUAACAAGUCGUGUCGUUGCUGAUGGAAUGACUCGAGGUCCAGUUGUAAGAUUUCCAAAUAUUGUGCGUGCAAGUGAAGCCAUGGCAUGGAUGCAAGAUUCUAAUAAUUUUAAUGAAAUGAAAAGGACUUUUGAUGAAACAAGUAGAUUUGCCAGAUUAACUAAAAUUCACGUUCGUAUUGCUGGUAGACAUUUAUUUAUAAGAUUUGUUGCUAAAACUGGUGACGCGAUGGGGAUGAAUAUGUUAUCGAAAGGAACUGAAAAAUCAUUACAAUGUGUACAAAUUUAUUUUUCGGAUAUGGAAAUAUUAUCACUGAGUGGUAAUUUUUGUGCUGAUAAAAAACCAGCAGCUGUCAAUUGGAUUGAAGGAAGAGGAAAAAGUGUUGUAUGUGAAGCUGUUGUACCAGCUGAAAUUGUAACAACUGUGUUAAAAACUUCAGUUCACUCAUUAGUAGAUGUUAAUAUUAGUAAAAAUAUGAUUGGAUCUGCAGUUGCUGGUAGUAUCGGAGGUUUUAAUGCUCAUGCUGCCAAUGUUGUUACAGCAAUUUAUAUUGCGACAGGGCAGGAUCCAGCACAAAAUGUUGGAAGUAGUAAUUGUAUAACACUUAUGGAACCUUGGGGUGAAGAUGGAAAUGAUUUAUAUGUUUCUUGUACAAUGCCUAGUAUUGAAAUAGGUACGGUGGGAGGUGGCACUGGAUUACCAGCACAAAGUGCUUGUCUUGCAAUGUUGGGCGUUAAAGGUGCUCAUGAAGAGGAACCCGGUAAAAAUGCUAAUAAAUUAGCACGAAUAGUUUGUGCCACUGUUCUUGCCGGAGAAUUAUCUCUUAUGGCUGCACUAACUGCCGGUCAUCUAGUCAGAAGUCAUCUUAGACAUAAUCGAUCAUCCACAACAGUUUGUAAUCCAGUAAAAUCAACAGGAAGUGAAAGAUUAUGUUUAACGGUGCCAAAUACUUUAACGACUCCACAAUUUGAAAGAACGAAUGACACUAGUUAGCCUUAGCGUUAGUUAUAGCUGAUGU